AAGAAGGUGAUUAGUUAUUAGUUAUAAAAUUUCCAAUUUUGUGUAAGUCAAGUGGAGCAUGCUCAUUAAGAGCGUUUGCGUUAGAAAACAUUCGAUUUUAUUAUAGUUAGAAUUAUAAUCACCUGUAGGUGUAGUUAAAUUUGGUACCACCGGUCAUUAGUAAGUAGACAGAGGAACGCAGUCGGCGAGCGAAAGUUUAGAUUUCUUGACCCAGUUGGUGAAGCAAUUUACUCGUUGACGCCGAAGACAACAGCAACUGAGCGCGAGAAAGAAUGUCCGUUAUCAAUUUGUGAUUAUCGUGUGCUGUGUCGAAAUUUUUAAAAACCCAAGAACUUUUUUCGCUCGUUAUGAGUAUAUGAACUUUACUUGUGUAGGAACUUUUAAAAGCAUCUAGAAUGAUUUAUAUGAGUAACCAGGUCAUCUUCAUUACUUUAGUGCAAAUUUUGGAUAUUCAAGCCCUCAUCGUUCCGGAUGAGGUUCCGUCGAUACUGUCUAUCAUAUAUUCAAAUAUCCCAACCAUAAAAAAAGGAACUGAUUCUAGGUUGGGGUAUGGAUUCCGAUUGGGAGACCGGGCCGAUGUUCAGUUUCUUGUCGAACUGGGUCCCCAAACCAGUACACGUCCUCUGGCUAAUCAGCCCGACAAGGACGGACAAAGUAGAAAAAGGAGUCCUCCUGACGACCUUAUACAGGAAUUGUACUCCAAACAUACUGAUAAGAAACAGAUUACCAGUGGAGAAAAAUGGCUUGAAAAAUGGAGUGAAAGUUUCAAACACUUUGAUGGAUCUGGAAAACUUCCCUUUACUGCUAAGCCAGGAUUAGCAGCGGGAGAGAUCGAUGCCAAGUCCGUAAUUCCAGCGGAUAGUCAAUCUGAAAUAGAUCGUAAAGGGUCAAUACUUCGUGAAAUACAGGAGGGAAGGGAAGAAAAAAACCUAGACGAUGAAAACGCUUUAUCAAGUUUAUUAAAACUUAUGGAAAGAAUUCAGGAUCAAAUCAGUUUUGAAAAGCAAAUAUCUGCAAUUUCAAGUAAACGAACAAAUGACACAAAAGCGUCGAAUGACUCGUCGAACAUUAAAAAGGAAGAUCAUAAAAAUGAAACCAAGAAGGGUGAUUUAAUAAAGCAAACCGCACGCAGGAUAGCAUCUACUAUUCAAAAUGCUUCUGUAGUUGCUUCUGCUGUAGCAAAUUUUCCUGGUAGCUGGACUAAGCUUAUCGAUUUGAAACCUACUACUGCUGCUAGAGCUAGAUCGGAAAAAGAAAGAAGGCCGGAAAAAGAAAAAAAGCCAGAAAGAGAAAAAAGGCCAGAAAGAGAAAAACGGCCAGAAAGAGAAAAUAGACCAGAAAGAGAAAAUAAGCCAGAAAAAGAAAAUAGCACACACACGCACGCACCCACGCACCCCCACACACACGCACAGAACGCGCACGCACCCACGCCCCCCCACACACCCAACUCCCCCCCGUCCAAUACCAUUCUGGAAGACAGGUAUCGAAACGCCUACCAAAAUUAUUUCUAA